AUGGGGCGAUUCUCCUUCUUAAGCUUCGUACAGACUGCAAGCUCUGCCAAGGGUAAUGAAAAAGCUAAAGUUCUUCUUCGGCAUCAACCGACAUAUAAGAACUUUGAAGUUUUCUGUGAACCUACGAAAUCUAUCAAUUGUACUGAAUUCGAGCAGAAGCAUGUGCGUAAGCAAGUUGUCACCCACAAGGAAUACAGAUAUGUCCACUAUUUUGCAACGAAUGAUGACGACAUCGAAAUUCCUUCGGAAGGAUCUCUUCAAAAGAAAAGAAUCGAUAAACGCUCGGCUGAACAUUUGAAGAAAAUUGUUCUCCCUUAUCGUAGUAUUACUGAAGCUGCAGCAUUUGCUAAAUCUACUGGAUAUCAUCCUACUAAGAAACAGCUACGAAACUUGGCUCGAAGCUCGAUAACUACACGGGUAGGAAAAGAAGGCCCACGCUGUCACACGUCCCUUGCAAUGGUUAAGCAGAUUGAACAGGUUCACCCCGAUCAGAUCUUCUAUAAACACGAUGGAAACACCCUGACCGAUCUCAACUUUUUCUACAUCUCAGAUGAAGCAUGUUCUAUUUUCAUGUCUGCCUGUCCGGACAAGGAUGAGCACACCGACUGGAUUGCAACUGUCGACAGCCUGAUUGCAGCAGACCCCCUAACCAGAAAAGCUGAAAUCAAGAAGAUUUUGAAAAAAAAUCCUACGGGUGUGAUGAUGCCCUCUCGGAUCCAUAUCGAUACGACUUUCAAUUUAGGCGAUUGUUAUGUGACUAUUGCCCUUGGCGAAACAAAAAACUUCAAAACGAAAGCAUCUCUUAAAGAACGAGUCAUCCCUAUCGGAUUCUUAAUCCAUUCUUCCAAAGCUCGCGAGUCACACGAGCGUUUUUCAACAGCUCUCCGAACUGCUCUUUUCAAACAUAACAAUCCCCUUCAUCCGAAGCAAAUCCCAUGUGUUUUACUGGACGGUGAAGAAGCGUUGGAAACUUACGGAGAGGCGCUCGAUGCUCCAGUUAUCAGGUGUGAUCUUCACAUUUUGUCACUUCUCAGCUUCGACUACGGAGGAAAAGCUGCUGCUAACUUAGCGAAGCCGUUUUUAUUUGGAAGAAAAGUGCAAGGAGUAUGGAAAACUGGAGUAUUCGGAGUAUUCCAUCUUCAAGAUUUUGAGAAACGACUCGAGAAAGUAAAGGGAAAAAUCCAUCCAAAAAUCUUCGACUGGAUUGUACUGAAUAAAAGAAUGUUGAUGGAUAAUUCGUCGGCUGCCGCCAAACUUAAAGCUGGUCACUUAUUACAAUAUUCGACCAACAACCAAAACGAAACUUUCAACAAACUGGUCAAAGUUAAGCUCACAAAACGAUACCCAACUCCUAAACUAAUUGAUCUUCUUCAAACGUUUUUCGAAGAUAAAAUGAAGGAAUGCCGACUAGCUGCACUGAACUCUUCGGACGAUGUUGUUAUGACUGUGGAUGUCAGAAAAUUCUCCUAUUCUGAAAAAUGGAGUCACUUUUACGACAUCGGAUUGUCGACGCCAAUGAUUUUAGCAUUAGGAGUGCCAGCUUUUUUGGCAAUGCACAUCGAUCAAGAACGGUCAGCCGAAGAAGAAAAACGAGUUGGCUCAUUGGUUCUCGAAUUCCAAGGUACUGAUGUCUACCGUUUGGAGGAUGUCUUAAUUCCGAAAACCAACCGACAAGGUCGAUGGAUUUCCGUAUCUGUUAACGAAGACUCCAUCGAUUGUUGGAGUUGUCAGCACACGCUGCCAUCAUAUGUGUGCUGCCAUGUCUUGACAGUAUAUGCGGAUACGGACACUACCACUGCCAACCAGUCAUCGUCUGCGGGUAACGUGUCUUCUCCUGCAGCUAACCAUUCGUCAUUAGCCGCCACCUCGCCAAUCACUUCGGAAUUGACAUUUUCAUCCGUUUCAUCAUCGGACAUGACAGCACGUCGAUCUUCUCGCAGAAGAAACCCUCGUCGUCUAUACAGCCCGGAUUUGUCAAUCACAUCUCUCAAUUCGACUGUUUAUUAA